UCUCUCUCUCUCGCUCGCUCGCUCUUUCCCUUUCCUCUCCCGCCCGCCUGUCCUCCUCUCUCGUCUGGGCGUCUGAUCGCAUGACAACCAGCCGUCCCAGGGCGCGGGCAAAUGGCCGCGCCGAGGUAGCCCCCGUGGGCCGGUCCUCCACCCGACAAGACCCGGCGGCGGCAAAUGUCAAGCAACGCCAUGGUAGCACCUCUGACCUGAAGCCUCAGGUCAAGCCAGCCGCCUCGGAUGUCACUGCUUCUGCCCCUGCGAUUGCGCCCAUGGGCGAGAGCUCACGGGCAGCCGCUGGCCAAACCGGCAUCCCCCCGGCCGAUCCCCCGGCCACUUUGCGCCUGCGUCUGGCGGUGUACCUGGCGUCGGCCGUGGCGACGGCCCUGCUGCUGGGCUUCGCCUGGGCUGGCCUGCUGGCAACUCCGGUGGCGGAGGAGCCCCGGCUGCCGGCCAGUCUUCAGCAGUUGUUGGGCCCCGGGCAGACCGGCCCCGGCCCAUUGCUCCAGAAGGUGACGACCGCGGCUCGUUCGGUCCUCGGCCCGUCCGCCAUCGACCCAUGCAGCUGUGCGAUGACCUAUUCGCGGCCAUCCUACCCGCGACUGAAUUUGGCCACCAUGCCGAUCCCCUACGGCCAGAGGCAGGGCAAAAAGGUCCCCCCUCAUCCAGGGCGGGGUGUGCUGUUUGCCGAGCGCACCGAGGCCGACUGGGCGGCAGCCUAUCGGGAGGCCAGUCGCUCGGGGCGGUACCAGCUCAUUCGCUUUGAUGAUGCCGGCCGUCCGCCAGCCACCCACCUGCCACUCCAGCCGGUCCUCUUCAUCGCCGGCUCCGGCGGAUCCUCCAAACAGGUCCGGUCUUUGGCAUCCGUGGCUGCGAGGCAUGCACACGGCCUGACCCUGGGCUACAAGGACCCGGAGAUGUGGGAUCAGUUUGACGAGUGGGACUUGGCGGACCUCGGCGGUUCGCCGACUGCCUCGCUGGUUUUCUACUCGGUCGAGACCGAUGGCGAGAUGACGGGGUUCCGCACGGACGACAUCAUGGCCCAGGCGCACUUUGCCAAUUACGUUCUCGCCUGGCUGGCGAAUCACCAUCCGACUGCCGAUUCGAUCAUCCUCAUUGGCCAUUCGAUGGGCGGCAUCGUGGCCCGGACCAUGCCCCUGCUGGCUAGCCACCCCCCGCGCACGGUCCAGUCGUAUGUCACCCUGGCGACGCCGCAUGCCAGCCCCCCGCUGCCGGCCAUUUCGCGCACCCUGCACGAUCUGUACCAGGCAGUCAACUACCUUUGGGCGGCGGCGCUGGCGACCCAGGAAGCUGGCUCGACGGCUGCCAUGGUGGCCGACAGCCAGGUGGCCGACACGGCCGCAGCCCUGGGCCUGACCCCGGUCACCGACAGUGCCUGGUUCCGCCAGCAUGUGUCUCUGUUGAGCUUGGCCCCGGGCUCGCGCGAUCUGCUGGUUGACGGGUCGCUGAACUGGCUUCAGGGGCUCCUCCAGCGGGGCGUCUGGGUCGACUGGACAGACGCAGAGAACACCCCUGGGGGUCGGGCAGUCCUGUCGCCGGCCACCAAUGUCGUGUCCGGCUGGACCACCGGGCUGCCGGGGGUCAGCACAUCGCAAGACCACCAGACGAUCGUCUGGUGUGCGGAGACCGUGCGCGCGGUGAAUCACAUUAUUCAGGCGCAAUUGCAUGCAAACGACGGUCGGGCGGCCAUGCUCGACCUGCCCAGGCGCGUGGCCAUCACCCGGCAAAUUGUGAGCCCCUCCUUUUCCCAGCGCUUUGCCCUUCCUCAGGGCUUGAAACUGGGCGCCGAAGACCGGAGGCUCACCCUGCCGACUGUGCCGGCGGUGAGUCUGGAUGCCGGCCGGCCAUGCGCCGACACCGAAGUGCUCGUUGACCUGGAUCGGCCACUGGUGAUUGCCAUCUCGGGCCCCGGGGCGCCGGAUGCCCGAAGUGAGCCUCUCUCCCGGGUGGAUGUCUUUGCCGACCCGCUGUCGGCCCCGGCGGCCGGCGGCUGGCCGUCUGAUCCAUUUGCCGUGUGGCUCUGCUCGCAGGAUGACUAUCGGGAUUUGGUGUCCGGAGGGGGGGAUUCGCCGCGGGUUCCCCUGACGGCUCUGACGGCCGGAGGCGCGUGCACGCCGGUUCCGGCUGCCCACCUGUCCGUUACUCAGCUCACCCGGCGGCAGGUGAGCCUGUCGGUCACGGUGGACUGGCAUGCGGUCAUCUACCAUGGCCGGCCGUAUGACGCGGUGGCCAUCCUGGUGCCGGCAUCCGGCGGGGCCGCUCGGUGGAGCACGCGCACUUGCCUGUCGGCCCCGGCCGCUGACCGGUCGGUCACGUCUCCCAAGUCGAUGUCGUUCCAGCUGCUGCUGGCCCGGCGCCAGGUGUCCCUGCCACUGGUCGGCCACACUGUGGUGCUGCCGGUGCCGGUGGUCGGCAUCACGAUCCCCCUGCCGGCCGGGUCUCUGGCCUCGGAGCUGGUGCAGCUGCCUGCUUGGACAGGCCUCUCGGCACUCGGCGGGGGGCUCCCUCUUCGGGCGUGUCUCCUCCGGCAGGGCACCACCUCGGAAGGCGGGCCUGGCGGCCAGCGUGUUCUCCUGUGGACCCGUGCGCCGGCCAAUGACGAGGAGAAGGUCCACGAGCAGGAGGCCCUGGAGUGCGGCAAUGGCGGGGCGGCCAUCUUCUCGCACUCCCAUGCCGGGGCCAUUCGCGAGCCCUCCAGCGCAUUGGACUUCGCCACGCUGGCGGACUUUGGGCUGCACCUUCGCCUGCUUCGAGUCUUCGAGCAGGAGGAAACCAACGAAGCCCGGUCUCCGGUCUUCGGCUCUGGUGGUGAGCCCCUGGCCCUGCGCGUGUACUGGGACCUGCGAACCUUCUCGGCCCAUGCGACGCGUAUUGACGCGGCCACCGUGGCCCCGGUGCUGGUCCUCGGGUGGGGGAUCCUCUUUAUGGUGCUCGGGUCGAAGCCCAGCCCCGCCGGGGCUGACCAUCCGAUUGAAGUGUUCAUCGGACGCCACGCGUGGCCGCUGGUCGGGGCGAUGGCCAUCCUGUCGGCCGCGGCGGCCGCCGUAUCGGCCGUGCGUUUGAUCACCCCGGCCGAUGGGCUGGAGUCCCUGCUGUCCAUCAGCGCCGGGGAGGCUCACGCGCUUUUCGGCAUCGCGGUCGAGGCUUUGGCCGUGGCGGCAUAUCGGCUGACGGCGUCGCUGCUGUUGGCCCAUGCCUGUCUCGGGGCUUUCCGUCUGGUGGUCGGCGCUCUGGCGGCCAUCCUUUCGCCCUUCUGGCUGUUGGUGGUGCGGCCCCUUCGGCCGGUGGUCCGCGGUCUCGGAGCCCGUCUCCCCGGGGUUGGGGAUGCCCUCCGUCUGGCAGCCGUCAUCUCGGUUGCAUCUUUGCUGCCUGGCCACCUGGCGGUGGUUCUGCUCAGCAUUGCCCGGCUCUUGGGCCUCGGCCUGGGUCGCCUAUCUGUCAUCGGCAUGGGGCCCACUUCGCAUGCGCGCCGAACCCAUCAGUAUAAGGUGUAUCUGUUGUUCGCGUGCCUGAUUCCGGUGGCGCUGGCCGCUACGCGGGCCUUUGCCUGGCUUCGCGCCGAGCGGCUGAUUGACUGGCCCUUCAGCCCGGAGUACCGGCCCACGGCGCACCAGCUGGCCGAUCUCUGUCCCUCGCCGGAGCACUUGGCCAAGCUGUCGGCGGCUUUGCCCGGGGCGAUGGCCAUCCCGGCCGGGUCCCUGAAGACCCUGGCUCAGGCGGUCAUGGGGGCCGGGGCCGAAGGCGACGCGCUUGCCGUGGUGCGGGCCAUGCAUGUGGCCGCUGUGCGGACACUGCGCCUGGUUGUGGCCCUCGUGGCCGGGCACCUGCGCUUGGCUGGCUGCCAGCUGGAUGAGCCCAUCAUCCGGGGCGUUGUGUCUCAGGCGGCGGCGGCGGCGGCGGCGGCGGCGGCGACGGCCACCGGCAUGGGCCUGCCCCUGGCGAAGAGCCCGGCAGUCGUGGCCCAUGCGGCGGAUCGCCUUCUGGCGGCUCUGCGAGUUGAGCGUAGCCCGGUUUUGGUGAUGGCCUACGGUCUUCUGUGGCUGGCCGCCGAGCGCAUGGGCCGUGCCCUUUUCCCGGAUGCCGAGCCAAGCACUCACGGCGACCCGGGGCUUUCGCCGGCCGACAAGGCUCUGGUGGCCGAGACGCGCCAGCAGGUGGCCAUGGCCCUACGGGCUCUCUGCUUGGUGGGAUCAUUCAGCUUGCUGGCCGGCGCGGUCGGGGUCCUCGGGCCGGCAAUGGCACGCGAGAUUGCCUCCUAUGCGCCUGCCCUCUUCCUGUCGCUCAUGCCGCUUGCCACCUUCCUGGCCUCGGGGAUGGUGGCGUAGUCGCCGGGAAUGAACGCACAAUCGACUGA